AUGUCUUCUGUGUGGGUGGCGACGGACGUGUCUGCUUCUACUGGACAAGCUGGAGGGGAAGACGGUGAUAGAGGUGGUUCAGGUUCCCCAGGUCCUGAAGGUCCUGCCGUUCCAAAAGGUACUCAGGGUUCUGGUAAAGCUUCUUGUCCUGAGGGAGUGGAAAGGGACGUUAAUUGUCCUUCUGAGAUUGCUAAUACGUCUUGUUCUUCUAGUCCUUCUGAUUCUACUGGUGGUCGUAGUUGUACUCAAGCUGAAGUGGAAGAUCAUAAUCCUGAUCCACCUUCUGCUCCUGCUAGUGAAAGAGGUGAACAGGGUCGUGCUGGUGCUGGUGCUACUACUUGUCCUGAUGGUGAUACAGCUAAUGCUAAGUGUCCCAAAGAAACAACAUUACAAAAGGGUCCGCUUAAAGCGGAAGACCCUGCUGAGGCUUCACAUGGUCAAGAUGCUGAACUUGGUGUUAGUGCACCAAGUAUAGGGGCUGCUGGUGAAGCAGGUCGGGCUGGUGCUCAAGCUGACCAGGAAACUCGAGGAGAACAAGAGGCUGCUGCACCUACUGAUUCUGCUACGAGACCGGAGACAACUGCAAGUGAACCUAACACUGGAAUCAGCAGCAACAGGGAAGGAAAUGUAAGUGAAACAUCACAACCUCCAUCUUCUCCUAACGAUACAGCAACAGCGAGUGAUGCUGGUUCUAAUCCUGCAUCGAAUGAAGAUGGUACAACAUCUUCAGGGGGAGAAUCAACAAGCAACCUCGAAAGUGUGGGAAAUGCAGAUACCACCACCACCAGAACAACAACACUUCCUCCUGAACUCACAAACAACAAGAAGGGUGAUGCAGACAGCAGCAGCAGUAUCAGCAGUUCUGUGUGGGUNUGGUAG